AUGGUGCAACCACUUGAAUUUUCAGAAGCUGAUUACCCACGAGUUGAAUAUCAAAGAAGACAGCAGUUUUGGGAUCCUAUACGUCUAGCUCUUUUCACUUUGGCAAUUGUAGCAAUCAUAGGAAUUGCAAUUGGUAUUGUUACGCAUUUUGUUGUUCAGGAUGAUAAGUCAUUCUAUUACCUUGCCUCUUUUAAAAUCACAAAUAUAAAAUACAAAGAAAAUUAUGGAAUGAAAAGCUCAAAAGAGUUUAUAGAAAGGAGUCAUCAGAUUGAGAGAAUGAUGUCUAGGAUAUUUCGACGUUCUGGAGGGAGUCGGUUUAUCAAAUCUCAUGUCAUCAAACUGAGUCCAGAUGAACACGGCGUGAAAAUUCUUAUGGUGCUCAUGUUUCGAUACCCAUCUAUUGAUAGUGCUGAGCAAAUCAAGAAAAAAAUUGAAAGGAUUUUAUAUCAAAGUCUGAAGACAAAACAAUUGCCUUUGACUAUAAACAAACCAUCCUUUACACUCACAUCUAUUGACAGUAAAAAGAUGAGGAAUCUUCUCAACAGCCGCUGUGGAAUAAGGAUGACAUCUUCAAAUAUGCCUUUACCAGCAUCCUCCUCUACUGAAAGGAUUGCCCAAGGGAGGGAAAAAGCUCUGGAAGGGGAGUGGCCAUGGCAGGUCAGCCUCCAGCUCAAAGGGGCAGGCCAUCAGUGCGGAGCCAGCCUCAUCAGUAACACCUGGCUGGUCACAGCAGCUCACUGCUUCCGCAAAAAUAAAGACCCAAGUCAAUGGGUUGCUACUUUUGGUACAACGAUAACACCACCUGCAGUGCAACGAAGCCUGGGGAAAAUUAUCGUUCAUGAAAACUACCACAGAGAAACAAAUGAAAAUGACAUUGCUUUGGCUCAGCUUACUACUCGAGUUGAGUUUUCAAAUAUAGUCCAGAGAGUUUGCCUUCCAGAUUCAUCUAUAAAGUUGCCACCUAAAACAAGUGUUUUUGUCACAGGUUUCGGAUCCAUUGUAGAUGAUGGACCCACACAAAAUAAACUUCGGCAAGCCAGGGUGGAAACCAUAAGUACUGAUGUGUGUAAUAGGAAGGAUGUAUAUGAUGGCUUGAUCACUUCAGGAAUGCUGUGUGCUGGAUUCAUGGAAGGAAAAGUAGAUGCAUGUAAAGGUGAUUCUGGUGGACCGCUGGUUUAUGAUAAUCAUGACAUCUGGUACUUAGUUGGUAUAGUAAGUUGGGGACAAUCAUGUGCUCUUCCCAAAAAACCUGGGGUUUAUACCAGAGUGACUCAGUAUCGAGAAUGGAUUGCCUCCAAGACUGGUAUCUAG